AUGUUAGGAGAAAUCUCUGAAUCUCAUGGCAGUGGAGAUCAGCAUAAAAACCAGAGGAGAUGUUUGAGAGAUAAGCCUUAUGAAUGUAAAACGUGUGGAAAAGCCUUUAGAGUGACUUUCACCCUCACUCAACAUAUGCGAACUCAUAGUGGGGAGAGGCCAUAUAAAUGCAAGGAUUGUGGGAAAGCCUUCAGUCAGGCCACAUCCCUCACUGUACAUAGAAGAACUCACAGCGGAGUGAGGCCUUAUAAAUGUAGUGAAUGUGGGAAAGCCUUUAGGUGUUCCUCACACCUGUCUUGUCAUAGAAGGACUCACAGUGGAGAGAGGCCAUAUGAGUGUAAAGAAUGUGGGAAAGCCUUUACUCAGCUUUCAAACCUCACUCAGCAUAGAAGAACACACAGUGGUGUCAGGCCAUUUAAAUGUACGCAGUGUGAGAAAGCCUUUAGUCAGUCCACAAUGCUCUCUAGGCAUUUAAGAACUCACAGUGGAGAGAAGCCUUAUGAAUGUAAGGAAUGUGGGAAAGCCUUUAGUGAUUCCUCAGCCCUCACUUAUCAUAAAAGAACUCACACUGGGGAGAAGCCUUGUGUAUGUAAAGAAUGUGGGAAGGCUUUUAGAAAAAUCUCAAAUCUCAGUACUCAUAGAAAAACUCACAGUGGAGAGAGGCCACAUGAAUGUAAACAGUGUGGAAAAGGUUUUCGUCGUUCUUCACACCUCAUUGCACAUAAUAAAAUUCACAGUGGAGAGAGGCCACACAAAUGUAAGGAAUGUGGGAAAACCUUCAGUCGUCCCUUUAGCCUUUCUGAACACAUAAGAACUCACAGUGGAGAGAGGCCUUAUGAAUGUAAAGAAUGCGGGAAAGGUUUCAAUUGUUCUUCAGACCUCACUAAACAUAAGAGAACCCACAGUGGAGAGAAACCUUAUGAAUGUAAGCAAUGUGGGAAGGCCUUUAGUCAGGCUCCAGCCCUCACUAAACAUAAAAGAACUCACAGUGCAGAGAAGCCUUAA